AUAGAACUUCUUAAAUAUGGACAAAUUUUGAAAUGUGCUGUAACUUUUCAUAAUUUAACGAAGUAUUUAGCAUUUUUAUUAAUGAAGAUCUUUUUCAUUAUAGCUAAACUGCCUUAUUUAUUUAGUCUUUUAUAUUUACUAUUGUCUUUUGCUAACAUUGUAUGAGAAAAAUAUUAGAUUGUUUUAAGGUUUUGUACCUAUAACAUGGAAUCAACUACCUCAGUUUCUAAGGGUGUGUUUUUGUUUUCAAAUGGUUUAAAGAAAACAAAGCAUUCGAAAAAGAAACCGAAACGCAAUCUAUUUGAAAGUUUAUCCAAAGACUCCUGGUAUAAAACAUUCAAAUAUAACUGGAACGUAGUCGAAAAUCAGUUAAAGGAACUUCAUGAGCAAACAUAUAGCAUUCUGUUGAAUGAUAUUGUAAGCUAUGUCAAGUUGGUGAAUCAGGAGCAUGAGUACAGUACAUUGGAGGGAAUUAUACCUAGUGCCACAUUAUUGACUGGGGUCAAUCAGCCAGACUAUGUCAAUCAGUUUCUGGCCCUUAUAGAUAGAAUUAGGGAAGAUGUUACACCACAUGUUGCAUUGAUAAAUUCACAAGAUGCUCAAACGGUUAAACAUUUAGUGGAGAGUGCUGUUUGGCAGUUAAUAAAUGGACAGGAUGUGCUGGAUAACUCUGCUAAUGACAGUUUUGAAAAAGAUUUGAGUGAAAGAGUUAAAUUGAAGAAGAAUCAAUGUACAUUGAAAACUUUGCUCAAUUGGUAUCAAGCAAAAUAUGUGAAACAAUCGCUAAAGAAAUAUAAGCCUGUCCCAAAAAAAGCUUUAGUUAUAAUAAUGCCAGAUUUUGAGAGCUUUAAUUGUAAUAUAUUGCAGGAUUUUGUAAUGAUUAUAAGUUCCUAUGUGCAAUUGUUGCCAUUAGUAUUGAUAUUUGGAGUAGCAACAUCAGUUUCCGCUCUACAUAAAUCAUUUCCAUACCAUGUCUCCUCAAAGUUGCUAAUUAAAGUGUUUCAUUCUCAUCCGUCACAUGUUUACAUGAAUCAAGUUUUAGAAAACAUUUUCUUAUCGCACACAAGUCCAUUCCACUUGAGUGGCAAAGCAUUUGAAUUGAUGACAGAUGUUUUUCUUUUCUAUGAUUUCUCUGUUACCGGCCUCAUUCAGAGUAUUAAGUACUGUAUGAUUGAUCACUAUUAUGGAGAUAAUAUUAAAUCACUAUGUUGUGUUCCGGAACAACUUGAUGAAGCAAUCAAUAAUCUCACUAAAGAUGAUUUAGAAAAUAUAAGACAAUUAUUAUCUUUCCGGCCCUUCUUGGAGGUACAGGAUUGUGAAACUAAAAUCGGUCUUUUUGAAGAUGAUAAUUUCUUCAGAGAAAUUUUGUCUAAGGAAAUAAAUAAACUUCAUGACUAUGUACAUAGUUUUUAUCUGUGUAUACGGUUACUUUCCACUUUUGUAAAGGAUCUACCAAAGAAUACACUUGGAAAAACUGUUAGAGAACUUUACGCCAAAUGUUCAUUAGAAUGUGUAACAAGUACACAACCAUUUAAAGAGUGCAUGCAGUUAUUGAAUUUUCAAUCACAAAUGAAACUGGGAGAAACUAUAAAAUCUGCUCUUAAAGACGUCAAUACAUGCCUACAAGUAACCUCACCAAUAAAACCUCUACGAUCAACUCCAUCUAAAAAUAAUAUUCACAACAUUGCUCUGAAGAACGAUCUUGGUCAAGAUUUCGCUAAAACAAUAAAAAUUCAUUUAAUGACGUUCUUGAGGCAAAUAGAGAAUGCAAGCAAUGAUGCUUCGGUAUUUACCAAUACAGAUAUGGACACCGAAAAUGAUUUGGACAAUGUUAAUAUACCUGGAAAUAGGUAUAAAUUGAAAGAGAAAUUGUUGAGAGCCACGAGAGUUGAAAAAAUCCAGUCCGAAUAUGAAAUGAUACGGGCUAGAUUUGUCUGUUAUUUAGAGGAAGUUUUUACAAAAGGCUUGCAGCCGCCGCACACGCAAACGUUUCACGAAAUAUUGUUCUUCAGUGACGUGGCCAAUGUUAAGAAACAAAUUGUGGGCUCUCCCCGAGGAGCACUGCACACAGCCCUCAGUAACCCAAUCCAUUAUUUGCAGUGUACCUGCUGCCAUUUGUCUUCAGUAGACAGUAUUUCAGAUACAUUACCUGAUGUGUCAAUAGCGUACAAGUUACACCGUGAAUGUGGCAAACAUAUCAACUUGUACGACUGGUUGCAAGCCUUUGCUGCUGUGCUGCGACCCGACGAAGACGAUGAGGACCGAUACAAGGACGUUAAUAUUCAAGUUCGAUUUACGCGUGCCGUAUCGGAGCUACAGUUUCUCGGUUUUAUAAAAUCAUCUAAAAGAAAGACUGACCAUGUCAUGCGCCUGACUUGGUGAUCAUUUUUGUCAACUUAAUAUAAUAUACGCGUGAUUUCUUUUAUUUAUUUUUAAUAUUUAGUAAUAAGUAUAAUAUUUACUAAUGAGUUCAAAUAAAGUAUUUUUUUUAAUACGA